UAUUGAACAAAGACUUUAGUUCCCUGUUCGAAUUCUGAGUCUCGCUUUGGCGGCAUGGCAACAUUCCCAGGUAGAGCACAAGGACAGCUAGCUUUCGAUGAAUACGGAAGACCCUUUAUCAUAUUAAGAGACCAAGAGAAAAAGAAGCGCCUAUGUGGCAUACAGGCACACAAAUCGCACAUAAUGGCAGCGAAGACAGUAGCAGGGACUCUAAGAACAUCUUUGGGUCCUAAGGGUUUAGACAAACUUCUUGUUAGUCCGGAUGGAGAUGUAACUGUUACUAACGAUGGACGAACAAUUCUUGACAAAAUGGAUGUGGAGCAUGAAAUUGCAAAAUUACUUGUUCAACUUAGUAGGUCUCAAGAUGAUGAGAUAGGAGAUGGUACUACGGGUGUUGUUGUCCUCGCGGGUGCACUUUUAGAACAAGCUGAACAAUUGCUUGACAAAGGUCUUCAUCCGAUUCGCAUAGCAGAUGGCUACGAAUUAGCUGCAAAACAUUGCCUUUCCACCCUAGAAGAGAUCAGUGUUCAAUUCGAAUUUUCUAUCGAAAAUCGAGAACCUCUCAUCAAAACUGCUAUGACUACUCUUGGGUCAAAAAUCGUCAACCGUUGUCAAAGAAUGUUUGCCGAAAUGGCAGUCGAUGCCGUUUUAUCAGUUGCUGACUUGCAACGUCGUGAUGUGGAUUUUGAACUCAUCAAAGUUGAGGGAAAAGUUGGUGGUAGACUUGAAGACUCAUUGUUGGUGAAAGGCGUAAUUGUUGACAAGGAUUUUUCUCAUCCUCAAAUGCCGCGUUCAGUAGAAAAUGCCAGACUGGCAAUUCUUACGUGCCCUUUUGAACCACCUAAACCAAAAACAAAACAUAAUUUGUUUGUAAGCUCCACCGAGGACUACCAUAAGUUACGAGAUUACGAACAAAAGAAGUUCGAGGAAAUGGUAAAAAGGUUAGUGCUCUCCGGUUUAAUUGUAUCAUCUCAAAUUUUUCAUCUUUAGUGCUACUCAUUGGUUUUUAAACGUAUUUUCUACCCCCAUCUUACUUAAUUGUUAUUUAAAAGUGGCAACUGGUGCUUGUGAAUUACUGAAAGUACUUAGAGACUCCAUGCGGUUCCAAUUUUUUCAGUCGAGUUAGGUCCUUAGGUUUAGUAUAUUCUUAAACUGUGUCCUAGACUACUUGUAUUGUUGACAUAUUGUAGAAAGUUUUGACGGAUCAGUACUUGCUAAUGUAUUACUACAGCUGUCUGUCGGUACCUUAUUAUCCUCCAACAUACCUGUUAUAAGCUGAAACCAACCCCUAUUGUCAAACAUACUAAACCAAACCAGUUUUUGUUUUCUAUUAUUUAUUUAUUUCAACACAUAGAUAAUGGUACAAAGAGGCACCAAAUACAUAUGCGCCACACAAAUAUCAUCCGAUAUGUGUGAGGGCUGUGAUACUGCCCGGGUUCCCAAACCGAAGCAGGUGGUUUUCUUAGGGGGCCACACCCCGAGCCUUCGACCUGAAGGUCUGAUCCACAAGGCAGUGAAGCAUCGUAAGGAGAUGCAGUCCCAUGGAAGCCGGUGACCGAAAAUCGGUUCAUACGCCAUUUGUUCCCUCAGGAUACUGGAGCCCAUGUGCACCAUUGGUUUGGAAUCCGGUUAAAGCGCCUGACAUUCGCUUUUCGUCCUCUCAUUUUCGUAAACAACACCCCCACCACGAGAAGGCAGUGAGUAGGACUUCCCUAGCAGAGUCUGUAUACGCGUGGCCGUGUGAGAGCAUUUCGAGAGGGAGAGCGGACUCUCCCCACUCUCGGCCGUGCCAGGGCAUUUGGGCAUUUUUUGUUUUCUAAUCUGCUUUUACUCCCGAGAACGGCAUAACAUAAGCAGGGACUGAGUUUGCUUAACAUGCCUCAACCAUUCCGAUGUACAGUUCGCAUCCUCAGAUAACUGACCAUCAUCAGGUAGUGUUUUACAUCGGAAUUGAUCACCUAAAGUUUUAGGUUUAUUUGAACAGUCCUUCAAGUGUUCCGAUGGUUUGAUACAUAUAAACAUUCUUAUUACUUCAGUCAAUCAUCAAUAACGUAGAACUUCGUACGUACAUCAGUUCGAGUUGCCAUACCACAUUAGCAUACAGAUGUAAUUGUCAAUUCAAAUCCCAUAGUGGUAGAGGUAAUAAGAGUAUAAGCAGUAAUCGGAAAGAUUAGGGUUUGAAGGUGUUAUUAAAAGAGUAUAACCCAGUGAAAUAAAUUUUAAAAAAGGACAUGAAUUCAAACGAUUAGAAUUUGGGGGAACAUGUUUGGCUGCCAUGGUUUGUCACAAUGUCCCGUCUUCAACUGACGAUUCUAGUUGAAUAAAUGGAAUUUAGUCUUCUUUUACGGCUUAUAUGACUUCAUCAGCCCACUAAGACUGAAGACUCAAAUGAUAAGUACAGCAGUUCACCUUUUCAGUAACUUCGUUUUCCGUGUUAAAGUUAGGAUAUAACAUUGACAAAGGUCCAGGCACAAUUGUUUUCCAACCUUGGAAAUUGGUUACCUAUUGAGUGACCGAUAAUCAGAAAUAGAUGGUCAAUCCAGUAGUCAUUAGUUUUUGGCCAAAAUUAUACAAAAAAUGGUGGUCAUUUUGAGUUAUAUUUAUAAGAAAAUUAAAGUUGGUGACCAAUAAAGCUGGGUUACCAUUAAAUCGGUUGUAUAUGAAAACCUAAUCACUUAGUGUUGAUUCAAAUCUUGAAGAUGAUAAACACCUUUAUGUUCCGUUUUAAUUGGUUUCUUCUUGGUUAUGUGACUAAAAUACAGUUUUCAACUUUGAUGCGCCUACUACAGCUUGGGCAGCUGAAUAGUACCUCUUUCCUUUACAGAUUAUGUUCGAAUCCAAGUAAAAAAAUUUACUUGAUUGACUAGUCACGUACUUGUAAAUACGAAUGUGACUACCAUAAAUUACGACGAUCGCUUGCUUUCAAAUAUAAAUGCUUAGUUUAUUUUGUCAGUGUUAAAAAGUCGUUAAUUUUCUAUUGAACUUCCUUUACUGUUGAUAUAAUGUGUAACAGCUUGAGCCAACUCACAUUGGCCUAGGGUCCUGUAAUAUUUCUGUUUAUUGUAGAUAUUCAGAAUCUAAGUGACUAUCUAUAGUGUUUGUUCCUACCAGGUCUAUAGAUGCACCAAGGGUGCUACUGGGAUAAACUCCAGUCACCUGUCAAAAAACGUACAAUAGAAGAGGCAUCGGCCUCUUCGCAUAUGUGUCAAGUUUGUUUUUUUAAUCAAAAUUGGUAACAUUUAUUCUAGUAUAACAAAUUCGACCGUAGUAUCUUAUAUUGUUUUCAGUUAGGACAAAAUUCUGUUUUUGACGGUUAGUAAAAACUAUCAUUUGUGGACUUCCACAUAGCAUCUAUUUGUAAGGCCAUUAGCUUGAGUUCAGGCACAACAAAUCACCAGGUAGCGAAAUAAAACUACUGAAACCCCUCAAAUUAUCUAAUUUCUUGUCGAUUCGAUUAUUUUCGCGUCUUUUCUGUUUUUAUAUUCUUUAAAGUGCUUGCUGAGAAAAAUUCACUAAUUCCAAGUUGUUUCUUUUAUCUCGAGAUUUCUGUUUCAUUUGUACAUUCACGCUCAACCAUUGGUAGCACCAUAUUAAACUUAGAGUAUAUUUAUGUCUUUUAUGUCAUGUCUUGGAAAGCAAUAUUACUUAAUUGAGUAAAUUCAACCUUUCCACAGAAUAAAAACAUUUCCAGUAAUAUUUAAGUUUCUGGUCACAUUUAUAUUUAUCAGGGUCAAGGACACUGGUGCUAAUUUGGUUAUUUGUCAAUGGGGUUUCGAUGAUGAAGCUAAUCAUUUACUUUUACGUGAGAAGCUACCUGCUGUUCGCUGGGUUGGUGGUCCUGAAAUCGAGUUGAUUGCCAUUGCCACCGGUGGAAGAAUUGUCCCCAGAUUUGAGGAGUUAACCAAGGAAAAACUUGGGAAGGCGGGUGUGGUACGUGAACUUUCAUUUGGCACUACCAAAGAACGUAUGCUUGUAAUUGAGCAGUGUGAAAACUCAAAAGCAGUGACCUGUUUUAUACGCGGCAGUUCUCGAAUGAUUGUGGACGAAGCAAAACGUUCUUUACAUGAUGCUCUUUGUGUUGUUCGCAAUUUGGUAAGCAGUAUAUAUUAUCUUUGGUCUAGCAAAUUUAUAAGAAUGUAUUUUUCACUUAGUUGUAACGGUGUGUUUGAUCCUUAGAAUUAUUAAAUUGUUUGCUCCAAAAUAAUAAACCACAUCUAGAAUACGUCGACGAAUAUUGACCUAUGGAAGAGAUACUACUGUUUAUAGUUGUAAAAAGAUCGAACGUAUUAAUGAUGAUUUCAGAAGGAAGAAUACAAUCGACGAUUAAGGAAAGUAAGAUGAUGUUGAGAUUCAGUAUUUAAGAAGAGCUAGAGGAUACAUGUACCUAGUCUCUCGAAACAAUUUUAAAGCUCAUCACCCAUAGUUUUUUAGUCAUUGAGCACUUUUAUUGCAUCAACUCCGUUUAUUUCGUGCCUCUUUAAGCAGCCCAGUUUAGUAUCUUUUAGUUUCAUGGACCCGUGGCUAGUCCUAAUUUGGAUGUCCCUAGCUUCCUUCUAAUCUACCCCUUCGUCAGCCAGGAUUUCCCUUCGACAUAAGCGUUAACUUAGUAUACGCAACACAUUUCUCAACUAAAUCGUUUAAUAAAGAUUCGUAACCUCAUCAACUAAUUAACUUUAUUACCUGAGUACUCUAAUGUUGUAAGGUUUCUUGAUCCUUUAUUUUGCCAAAAACGUUUUGUGUAAUAGAAAAAAGUACAAGAAUCUCAAGUUGUAUUACAGUUAGUUUAUUAUUUACAAUUUAUAUGUCCCACUUUUUAUGACUAUGUACUUUUUACUUCAGUUGCAUGUGACUCAAAUCAGGUACUACCAGCAAACAAUUAAUCAAGACAAGUAAACAUUAUAGCAAGAUUUACAAGUGUUCACUAGAGUAGUUAUUAAAAAUGAGCAUCAGUUGUGUGAUAUUCCCAUAUUACUUAAGUAAAUAAUAGUUAUUUUGUGACAUCCCUAGUGUUCAUGUUCUUACCUUAUGUCACGCUUAAAAUUGGUUUAUAGUCACUUAUUUCUUUAUGUGACCAAUUACUUUUCUGUGCACAGGUUCGCGACUCUCGAGUUAUUGCCGGAGGUGGUGCCUGCGAAAUUGCGUGUUCCUUGUCAGUUGCUGCUGAAGCUGACAAAGUUGAAGGUCUUGAGCAAUAUGCUAUGCGAGCGUUUGCUGAUGCUUUAGAGGCGAUUCCAAUGGCUUUAGCUGAGAAUUCAGGUUUGCCACCAAUUGUUACAGUUUCUGAACUAAAAGCACGGCAACUGUGCGACCAUAAUCCUCGUCUUGGAGUAGACUGUCUGAAUAUUGGUACUAAUGAUAUGUAUCAUCAAAACGUCCUCGAAACGUUAAGUUCCAAGCGCGCUCAAAUCAUGCUAGCUGUUCAACUUUGCAAAAUGAUAUUGAAAAUUGACGAUAUUCGUGUUUCUGUGGAUGAACUAUAAACGUUGCUUUUAGGUUUGGUUUUGUUAUCAAUGUGUAAAGGUUUGUUUGUGAUCGAAUAUAAGUGCCGAACUUAAAUUAUAGUUUUAAUUUCGCAGUCUGCGUAAAAGGACUUUAUAGAACACCAUUUUCUCUGAAAAUCAUUUUUGACACUAAUUAUGUACUAAUUGCUCUUCCCGGUGAACUAUUUCGUAAGGUUGCUAUUACAUUUCAGAUAAGUUGUAAACAUGAUGGAAAUUGUGCACUUCGUCCUAUAUAAUGAUGAGUAAGAUGCCAUUUCUCUAGUGGAAUACAUUCAACAUUCCUGUUUCAUCCAUUCUGUAUUUCACAAAUAAUCAGAAACAUCUUUUUCAGUCUUGUACUUGGUGAUCACUUCUCGAUAGUUUGUGUAGUACUUUAGUGGCCUUAGAUCUUACUCCAGGUAGAUCGUUUGCUGCUUGCUAUCGAAAUAUACAUGUCGGCUUUUCUCGUAUAUAAUCAUCGACUUAGAUCGCGUCAGUGAAUAACGGAAUACGAGAAUGGAUUUCGAAUACGGAUAUUUCAUACAAUCACCGAUCCUGACAAACGAUCAAACAAACAACGAAGCGAAACGACGCGCGGUGGAGAACGUAUGUAAGCCAACUCGAUUUAGCCAAGCAUGAAUCGAUAUUUAUAGUCAGACAAAAAUAAGUUACAGACAUGUGAUGAGUACGAUAAGAAAUGCACACACAUACGCUUAUAUAAUAUAAUCAAGGUUGGUAAACGAAUAAGUGACAAGGUUAGGAUGUAGCUUGCGAAGAAUGGAUAGACUAAUCUGUUCAGAGGCUAGAAUAACCUAUGUGGGUUUGACAUAGUACCAGCCCCUACAGUACUACUAAAUUACUACGCCAAUUGUAUAUGUUACGCGAAAAGGUUAGUUUAAAGCAAUAUGUCGAUUUAGACACCUUCCAUGAAACAAAUUUAUUGAAACUUGUGUUCCUUGGCCAUUGUACUUCACUCAGUAAGCCCUAAAUCAAAACAUUAUAUAUUCCAAGUAAAUGGGCAAUAAGAUAUUGCAUUAGUAAAAUAGGAGCUUCUUGUAUAUCCAUAUUUCACUCUGGCACUGAUUGGCUGAAAGAGGACCAAUCUUUAUUUUCCGAUUGGGUUUGCAUUGGACAUGAAAUUACCAGGAUUUUGUCCUGCUAAAAAUUCCACAUUCAUUUUGGGAUUUCAUUGUAGAAUUCAACAUAUAUAUCUAAAUUGUCUUACAAACUAUAUAUACGAAUAACAUGAGUGGUCAAUCGGUUAUAAUCAGUGUAGAACCCAGUAUAGCUGUCCAUCGGUCACCACAGCACAUCGACAAAAAAUCAACCAGACGAGAAACAGGAUGUGAAUGAGUAUCGAAAGUAGUGGGAAUCUUAACAUUAAAAAUAGUACACUAAAGCAGGAACAAAUGCAUUCGAAAGACGGGAAAUUGGAAAGGAUAUAUGAAUUAAAAUUUAGGGAAUGAAUUAAGCUAUUCCACUCGCGACGAUUUUGCACCAUUUCAUAUGAUAUCUCGAGCCAUUGACCAUGGGUACUACGUUGACCUCACUCGGGUAGUCUACACCUUAAUAGAAAGAUCCUAACUGACACUCAGUAACUUCGUGGACUGAGGCUAUGUUCUUGGUUUGCUAACCUUUAGAUUCUUUCAAUGCAGUCCUAUUUCAGUUAGCA